ACACGACACACCCUGCGCGAUUUAGUCAGCUGGCUGAGCUGUGACCAAAACAAACUCAAGAGAGGAAAAUAUUUGGCUAAAAAAGAUUAAAAAAAAAAAAAAAAAAAAAAAAAUCCCAAAUGUUGAGACGAUUAAACACGAGGUGCGCGCGGGAAGUGAUUCAUUAGGUUGCUAGGAGACGGUAGCUCUGCUUCGUAGCUUUAGCCUGGUUGCUAACUAGAAUGCUAACCGUUAGCUAACGGUACGGUUAUGCCAUCAGCUGUUAUCGGGAGCAGCAGCUGCUGUUUAUGUUGCCCGCUACCUUAGCACACCUGAAACUGCGCUGCCAGCAAGCCAGGUAGUUCGCUAGAUAGUUAAGCUAAAACACGGACAUCGAUAACUUGCUGUUUUUUUGUUUUGUUUGUGUGUGUGCCUCGAAUAAACAAUUCAAGUAUGGGGAUGUGCUUACCGUGCCUUGGUGGAGCAGCGGACGACGUGGUUGUCACUCCAGACCCAGAGACAAGAAGGCGACAAUUAGCUGAGGCAGCUGAGAAGAGACAAAAAGAGACAACGUACAGGGGUGUUAAAAAUCCAGAAGCAGUCGAAAGGAAAAGGAAAAAACAAGAAGAGAUUGAGAAACAGGCGAUGAGCACCUCCGUGUCUGGUGGCGGCAGCGGCGGGCUGAAGUGGCAGGUGGGCUGAAAGUCUGGAUGGUAAAACUUGAAGUCUUGACUCUGAAGUCCGAAACAACAUGAAGUUGUGCUGCAAGAUGACAUGAAGGAUGUUUGAACUGCUGUCCAUUUUUUAAAAUUUUCUUUUUUUCUGCCUAUUUUAUAAUGUUAUGAGACAAAUGGCUACAGUUGUGCUUCAUGUUAAACAAUGUGAAGUGAGUACAGUCGGAACAACAGGACUUGCCCCUUGUGUCGCCAAGUUACACAAAGCCGGUUUGGACCUUUGGACGAGUCAGGGAUGACACAGAAAUGUGCAAGCGAACCACGCGUCCUACUUUAUUAGUUUUGUUUGGCAACUGAUUAGACAGUUUUACAGUGACUAAGAUAAGAUAACAUUAAAAUCUAAAAUAAUAUAUCAUAAUAUAAUACAGCAGUAUCUCUGGUGGCUGUCAUCAUGAUAAGGCAAAGCUGCCCUCAACACUAAAGCGUUUUCACUACACUGUGUUUGUUUUUUCUUCAUCAGCCACAUCAGCUUUUUGGUAUGACUUCUCCAAGACUGUGUUAUUCAAAUGACACAUUUCACAAAUCAAACUCGGUUUAUGUUUACAAAGUAAUAUAUGUGUGCUUAUUGUAGGAUUAGUAUACAGUAAAAUCACCCAGUUAACAUUAAUUUAAACUUGUUUAGGGCUCUAUUUGUUGGCAAAGACUAGUGCAAACAGUGCCAUAACUUGUUAAAAUUCACUGAACUUGUCACAUGCUUUUCACGACGAGUGCAGGGAGGGGUUCUCUUUGUCGAUGUUUUGUGAAUAAUGUGUCUUUGACAAUGUGGUGAGAAUAUAUUUUUGACAACCAGGUCAGCACAAUGUCAUUCAGUGGCUUAUUUGGUGGUUCAGUGUGGAAGCACAAACACACAAAAUCUACAGCAGCUGCUGUAUACUGCUGAGUAAUGUACAAUAACACUGAGGCGUUUUCCACCCAGUAUAAACGAAGAGGUUGCACUAUGAUAGUGUCUUUGUGCACCCAUCGCACUGCUCUUUACCAUCGCACCUGUAAUAGAGCCCUUUUUUGUUUUGUUGUUUUCUCAGCACAGUUUGAGUUUGUUGCAUUGGAUUAUAUAUAAUGUAUGCAAAACACUGGCGUGAUGCCUGCUUAAUUUAAACGAUAUAUGAAAUGUGUUUGUGAAUUGCCAUAUGACAGAAGCUUUUGUUAGACAUCCAUUUGAACGAAUGAGUGAAGGGUGUACAGUACAUAUUGAAGUAUUAACUUUGACUUGCUUAACUGAGUGCAUUUCUUAAAGCCUUCACUUGAUCCUUAAAUGCUUCCGGUGCUCUCGACAUUUUGUAGAACAGAAGAUCUAGCCAAUGGUAUUUGCUACAAUAAAUCACAUUUCUGCUA